CUUUGCUUGACUGGCUCUCGGUGGCCCUCUUUAUUUCCUGUACCUGUGGUAGGUGGACUUGCUACCCACAGAGAAAAAAAAAGAACUUGUCAAUGCAUUCACAUCCUUCUUUCAGCAACUGACAGGAAACAAUGAACAAAAGAACAGCUCUAACAAUUCUAUGCUGUGAGUAGAAAUGUAUUUUAUCCACUUGGGAGAUACAUUGUUUAUAUUUGAUUAGGUUUAAGCACUCUCUGUUAAUUUGGUUUAAAAAAUGUAAAUGUGUUAUGAACAUUUUAUUUAAAUAGCCUAGCCUUAGUCAAUAAUAUGGUCUAUGUUUUUAUGAAAGGUUCCAUGCUCUGGGAGGCUUUUGGGAGCGGGUCAAAAUGAGAUUCUAGUGAAACCAGGGGACACGGUCACCCUUGGCUGUGACAUCACCCUGGAGUACGAGAUCAUGUGGUUUGUUCUUCGUCCUGAUGCCACUCUUUCAGUGGCCAUCACUAUGAAGACGAAUAUACCUUUGAGCCUCAACAAAAAGUUUGAUGUCUGUUUCGAGUCAGUGUAUGACACAGCCCUGUUCAGAAGCAAUCUGAGCAUACUGAACAUCUCAGAGAGCGACGUGGGUCUGUACUACUGUGCUGAGCAGAGGGCUAACAUAUUUUAGAUCGGAAGUGGGACGAAGCUGUCCCUUAUCAGUGGUGGUGAGUAAACUCUGCAUUAUGACUGCAUACCUGUGGUUUUACAUUGGGAGCGUUCUAAAAAUGUCCACCUGGUCAAUAAAGUUUAACCUCAGUCAAUUCAGGAUAUGUAUUUAAAUUAUAAAUCUAUACCAAAACACAGUUGGAAGAAACAAAUGUAAGAUUGAUGUAUUUGUCACAAGCUGUUAUAUGCACUUGGUUGUUUUCAAUACAGUAUGUUCAAGAUUGUUUUUUGGUUGUGAUAAAUAUGAUCAAAUCUGAUGAAAUCUUUAUAUUCACACACCAAGAAGGCUGUAAAUGACAGUUUAAGUGUUAUGAAUGUUCUGUCAUUUCAGAUCAGCUCUCUACUACUGUUGUUGGGAUGAAGUUGUCAUGGUUUAUCACCUUGAUCAUAGCCCCCAUGUUCUCUGUGCUGGGGUCCGCUCUCUGCGUCUUCUGUUGACGACCUGUUAAGAAAUCAUUUGCACCCAAUAAUUAUAAUUUUCACACAGAAUCAGCUUUCUGAAAUGUAUUUUUUAAAUACUUAUGUGGUGAACCUCACUGUCUGUCAAACAGGUAUUGGUGUUAUUUCCACAUUUCAUGAGGAUUAAAAAAGAAUAGCUGUUCUCUUAUACUGUAUUGUAGAUCCUGUCAAAAUGAGGAUUCUGGAACAAUUUGGUUGAAGUCUGUCAUCUAGAGGACCAAGAGAGAGCAUAUAUUAUGGAGGAGGACCAACAUGAAUAAAAUGUAA